AUGGGUUCUCUGAUGGCAGGUUGGGACUCACAUGUCCCUGAUCCUAAAGCUGUGAAACUCAAGAGGAAUCAGUCCUUGACUAAAGAGGGGAUUGAAACUUACUGGAGAAAGAAGAAGCAAAUAGAGGAGGAGCAUCUCAAAGCUAUUUCUGAUCUGUCAUCUACAAGUCAGGUAAGUGCAUUGAAGGAGACUGAAAAAAGACUUCAGAGAUCAAGCUCUCUGCCUGAAGCCAAUACAAAGUUUUUGGACACAGAAAGUGAAUCAAGUCUGGAGAAACUAAUAUUGAAAAAUGGCUGGUGGAUUAGCAGCAACUCGGCGUUUUUAAAUGAACCUCCUGUGAUUGAAUCAGAGGGUCCUACCUACAAGUAUGCAGCGCAGUUCCAUGUAGCUAGCAUGGCUGCUUCGAAGCCGCAUGGUCAAACUGGAAUUAGUGCAUGA